UACAUACUCAACCUCAACUUGCGAGGAUUUGCGCCCCAGCUGUGCGAGGUGGCAGAUAUGGCUGAUAAACUGCUGGCUUUUAAGCUAGUAGAGGAGACUAAAGCUAAGUAUAGCGUCUAUAAUAACAAUGUGCAUAACUUUAAUAAGACUAGCUUCUAG